AUGGAGAGACUCUAUAAUUCCAAGUUCAGUAGAUGGGUGGAUAAAGUUGCUGUGGAUAAUGAAGAUGGUCUCACAACAGCUCAGUUGAUGUUAACAAAUCAUGAUCUUAAACCUGUCGAGCCCGAACGUCGCCAAUGGGGAGCCUGGAAUUAUGUUGGUUUUUGGAUUGCCGAUUCUUUCAACAUUAAUACGUGGAUGAUUAGCUCGUCGAUGAUCGUAGCUGGACUUUCGUGGUGGCAGUCAUGGCUUUGCGUAUGGAUUGGUUACACAAUCGCUGCCGGCUUCGUUUGUCUGACCGGUCGCAUUGGCGCUAUGUACCACAUUGGCUUUCCGGUCGUAAAUCGAUCGAGUUUUGGAAUAUGGGGAUGUCUUUGGCCCGUGUUUAAUCGCGCUGCUAUGGCAUGUAUUUGGUAUGGCGUGCAGGCGUACAUCGGUGGGCAUUGUGUAUAUCUUAUGAUCCGAUCUAUUUGGCUUAGCUGGGAUCGCACAACUAUCCCGAAUUCGUUUUCAGCAGACUCGGGGACCACUACCGCUGACUUCGUGUCCUUUUUCCUCUUCUGGCUCUGUUCGCUGCCCGCCAUUUGGUUUCCGGUGCACAAAAUCCGACAUCUUUUCACCGUCAAGGCAUACUUUGUACCUUGCGCCGGUAUCUCCUAUUUGAUCUGGGCCCUAGUUCGCGCUGGCGGACCUGGUCCCAUCGUUCGGCAAGGCGCAACGAUAGAGGGAAGCGACCUUGCUUGGCAAUUUAUUAAGGGUGUGAUGAGUUCUAUCGCCAACUUCGCAACCCUCAUUGUGAAUGAUCCGGAUUUCUCCCGGUUCGCUGGUAAACCGCGUGAUGCAUUAUGGUCUCAGUUUUUCACCAUUCCUCUCGGGUUCGCUGUCACCUCUCUCAUCGGAAUCUUAGUCUCGUCUAGCUCGAUCAUCAUCUACCCUGGCACUGAACCAAUCUGGGAUCCCCUCGACCUGCUAGAGAGGUUCAUCGACGAUGGUGGCUCUGGUCAACGUUUUGGCGUAUUCGUGAUUUCUCUCGCCUUCGCCCUGGCUCAAUUGGGAACCAACAUUGCCGCGAACUCAGUCUCGGCAGGAACCGAUAUGACGGCAUUGUUACCAAGAUUUAUCAAUAUCCGUCGCGGCGGUUAUAUCUGUGCGGCGGUUGGAUUAGCUAUGUGCCCUUACACUCUCCUAACAUCGGCCAAUCAGUUUACGACGUAUCUCUCUUCCUAUUCAGUUUUUCUAAGUUCAAUCGCGGGUGUUAUGUGUAGCGAUUAUUACCUAGUCCACAAGGGCUAUCUCGAUAUUCGAGAGCUUUACGACGCUCGAAAGACCGGACCUUAUUACUUUACGUUUGGUUUCAACUGGAGGGCUUAUGCAGCAUACAUCAGCGGUAUCCUUAUCAAUGUGGUCGGUUUCGCAGGGGCUGUAAAUGGUGGGAAUGUUCCUAUGGGAGCGACGUACAUCUACAAUUUUAAUUAUUUCUGUGGAUUCAUCGUUGCGGCAGCAAUAUAUUGGAUCUUGUGCAAGCUGUCACCCAUACCAGCUUGCAGCGAAACAUGGAUGGAAGUGGGUGAUCAAAUUGAUGAGGUCAGGUUGGCGUACGACCAACACAGCGAGCAAGGAGAAUUCGAAGAGGAGGCGGAUAUGGGCAACAAAUAUGAUAAAAACGACGAUGAUGACCAUCAGAAGACUGUAUAA